GACCUCGACUCGAUCUCGUCACCGCCAAAAUGGGUCUCACUUUCUCGAAGCUCUUCGACCGACUAUGGGGCCGCAAGGAGAUGCGUAUUCUGAUGGUCGGUCUCGACGCUGCCGGAAAGACCACCAUUCUGUAUAAGCUGAAGUUGGGUGAAAUCGUCACCACCAUCCCCACAAUCGGUUUCAACGUCGAGACCGUCGAAUACAAGAACAUUCAAUUUACCGUGUGGGAUGUCGGUGGUCAGGACAAGAUCCGUCCCCUCUGGAGACACUACUUCCAGAACACUCAGGGUAUCAUCUUCGUGGUCGACAGCAACGAUCGUGACCGUAUCGUCGAGGCCCGGGAAGAGUUGCAGCGCAUGUUGAACGAAGAUGAACUCCGCGAUGCUCUCCUCCUUGUUUUCGCCAACAAGCAAGAUUUGCCGAAUGCCAUGAGCCCUGCCGAAAUCACCCAGCAGCUGGGCCUGCAAAGUCUCACUCGCCGUCCUUGGUACAUCCAAUCCACCUGCGCCACCACCGGAGAUGGUCUGUACGAAGGUCUGGAGUGGCUUGCCGAAACCUUGCGGAAGGUCAACCGCGACUAAAUUGUGUCCUAAUGUGAUGAGUGGAAAGAAAUACCUGGAUUGUUGACUGGGAGUUGGGAGAUGAUGGACGGGGAACAAUGGGGGCCGGCAAAAAGACACCUUGCGCGUAGGGGAAAAAAAAGGGUUCAUUGCCCCCCUUUGGUGGUUGCUUGUAUGUUCUUCUAACGGCUCUUACAUUCCUCUAUGCUAUUAGCUUUUAUUUUUC